CUAUCAAUGUGGGCUGCUGUUAUAUAGAAAAAACUGAUAGCCUCGUCUAUCACCUGUCAUUUUCGAGGUGUUGUGAAAAUAUUCCGCAGUUUGCUUUAAAACUAUUUCCGCCUUGCCGUUUCCAUGGAUACCGUAAACUGAACAGUUGAGCUGUUAUGUAGCCUCUCACGUCGAUGAAACCCCGUUUAAUUUCCUAAAAGUAGGAAUUGGCUUUUAGAGUGGGGUAAAUUUUAGAAAAAAAGUCGAUACAGAAAAUGUCCUCACAUUGGAAAAACCACGGGUUUCCAUUUUUACCUGGAUACACAUUUCGGGACAUAACGCAGUCAGCCUUCCAUCGGUCCCAGACACUCAGCUAUAAGAAUGGCUAUGCUCUGCCUCUUCGUCCCUCUGUGGGCAUUGGGCAGGAGCCUCUUUUAUCAGAGCAACUAACCCAACAGCGUAUCAACGAACUGUCCUUUGAGAGGCCAGACAUUGCAUAUGCCACAAAUGACCAGCCGCAAUAUGAAGUCUUCAUCCCAGCUCAUGUGGCGCUUGAUAAAAAGAUUCUUCGCUUCCAUGCAUACUUCUUGGAGGAAAUCUUGUACUCCCCUGAAGAGGAGUACCGUGUUCGCCCCGUGAUGAUUUAUUACUACCUUGAGGAUGACACCAUGUGCAUUAUCGAGCCAACAGUGGAGAAUUCUGGGAUACCUCAAGGGAAGAGACUCAAACGUCAGCGUUUUCCAAACAAUGAGCGCGGGGAGCAUUACCAGUGGAAAGACCUGAACCUUGGUAUGGACCUGGAGGUGUAUGGGGUCAAGUACCACAUCACACAGUGUGAUCCCUUCACUAAGGAAUUCAUGGAGAGUGAGGGCAUAGUUUUGAAUGAGCCAGAACCGAUGCCUGAAGAUCCUUACAGCAGACGUAAUAAGCCAAACCUAGAACUUUCCCACACCACCACUUCGACAUUUGACAAAUUGUACCAGUUUCUUCAUAUGGACCGCAAGGUCCUUCGAUUCUACGCCUCAUGGGUCAAAUUCGAUGCUGUGUACAGGGAUAACUGGCCUGUUAUCAUUUACUAUUACCUGGUGGACGACACGGUGGAGAUCAGAGAGGUCCAUGAACGCAACAGCGGUCGGGAUCCCUUCCCUCUUGUCAUGCGCAGGCAGAGGAUACCUAAGAAACUCAAAUCAGAGAUUUUCCCAAGCUGUGUGAUGGAGGUCUCCAAAGAGCAUGUAGAUGAGUACUAUUCCCCCAAAGACCUCCAGCUGGGUCAAACCGUGAGGCUCCUGAGCCACCACUUCUUCUUGCACAACUGUGACGACUUCACUAAAGACUAUUACAAGAAGAACUACCCAGACAUGGACAUGAAAGCUGUAGAGAUACCAAAAACAGAAGAUAAAAAGAAGAAGGAGAUUCCACCCUAUAAUGGAUUCGGCUCUCUUGAAGACUCUCUCCAAAAUUGUCUUUCUUUAAUUCCUGAGCCUCCCAAAGUGAACGUGGUGAAGAGAAUAGAGAAUCACCACAAAGUGCUUCGCUACACUGCCCAGCUGGACUCCCCCUAUUCCAAAGAUGAAGGCCGGCGCUUUAUACUGUCCUACCACCUCUCCAACGAUAUGAUCAGUAUUUUUGAAAAGCCAAUGCGUAACUCUGGCAUCAUUGGUGGGAAGUUCCUGGAAAAGACCCGCAUUCCCAAGCCAGGCUCUACUGUGGAUAAUCCUGAGUUCUACUCCCCUGCAGACUUUGCUAUUGGAGCCACUGUGGACGUUUUCAGUCAUCGCUUCGUUCUGACCAACGCAGACCACUAUGUGCUUAAAUAUUUGGAGUCCAUCUCAAGCCAGAUCCCUUCUCAGACUCUGGACUCAUUGAGACAGAAGCUAGGCGUGGAGAUGGCCAGAAACAAGCCAGUGGAAGAAAACGGUGAAGGCGGCGGUUCACUUUCUGUGACGAGAACAAAGCAGCAGAUCAUAUGCUGCAGACAAAAUGACUCACCAAGGAAAAAGCUGCACAGCGCAGAGGUGGGAAGGGUCAUGCUAUCCCAUGACGCUUCGCUCAGGAAGUCGGAGGCGGCCAACAGCAGAGUGAUAUUCUCUACGAGCAUGAACUAAAGGGAGACGGAGAAG